CACACACCUCUCUUUCGGCGUCCGGUGCGCGAUGUUUUCAGUUCUUUGUCGGCUUUUGCGUUGUAACCACGAUCCACCGGAGCUGCUCCGGCGCAAACCCAACUGGACUAGGGGGAUUCCGGGCGCGAGUGUGGAUUUCUAAACAUUCUAACACCAAAUCUUCCCUCUACUGUUGGACUGUUGGUUGUGAUAUAUCGGAGUCCGGAGAUCCGAAAUGUGAAACCUACGAGAAUUAAUAAGGUGGAAAUCAACUAGAGUGAAAGUGAGCCUUACUGUGCGAAGCCGGCCGCGUGAACCCCGGCGCGAGCUUUCAAUAUUCAGAAGUCGGAGGUUACAGAAUUUAAGAAUUAAAGUGCCCGGAAGAAUCCAAAGUGUGUGACCGUGCCGUGCCACGUGCCGAGGGCACAGUAAUUAGUGGUGUGCAUUACUGAUCGAGAAGUCGUGACGCGGGAAGGAGCAACGGCGAUGAUCAUGAAGCUGAGCAAGAUCUUUAACCAUAAGUUUGUGCUUGGCAGCUGCAAUCUAAUUUUCAUGCUAUGCGGCGUCACACUCCUCGCUACUGGAUUCUAUAUGUUCACAGACGCUCCUCGGAUAUUGCUAUCGCGUCUUUUGAUCUCCACAACGGAGCAGCACCGCACAGCGCUUUCGGAGUUAGAGCAGCCACUGUUCUACUAUGUCGCACUGGGAUUGACUAUUGCCGGUCUUGUAGCUAUUACUGCAUCUUUACUAGGCUGCUGGGCGUCCUGUAUGAACACCUACUGCAUCCUCACAAUCUACUUCCUCAUAAUCUUGUGCCUCCUAGUUGCUGAGUUCGGUGUGUGCCUAAUGAUCACUGCCUGGCCCCAGUGUCUCGGUCUCAACCUGGACGAAACGGCCAUGGUGAAAGCCCUACAGGGAAGCUACGGCGUGCCCGGUUACGAGCAGUUCACCGCUGCCAUGGAUCUCGCCCAAACCAUAUUCGAGUGCUGUGCCGUAAACACCGCCAUCAACUACGACACAUCCCUGUGGAAGCUGCAGAGUUUGGGUAAGAAAGAACUGACCGUUCCACUAACCUGCUGCAAACUUCAGAACCGUUAUGAGUUUUCCGCUUACCUGGACCCUAUUCCAACGAAUUUGACCCUUUGCCAGGCACUGCAACCAAAUGACUACGAAACUAGCAGACAUUUGGAUGGUUGCCUGCACAAGGUCGAAGUCUGGUACCGCGAGCAGUACUUCCUGUUCCUCUGCGCGGGCCUCAUCGUGGCCGUGGUAGAGUUCUGCGUUCUGCUUAGCAUCAUACUGAGCUGCACAAAACUGCCACGCAAGAUAGGCGCCAUGAGUCCGGAGCGGAUACCCCCCUCGGGAGCGCUAGUACGACCACCGGGUCGAUUCGGUGUGCGCGAUAAUAUUUACGAGCGAGAUUUGCCUACACCGAUCCCGGUGCCGACGGUGCGAGAGACCUACAUUCAACCCACCAAAGAUUACACCAAACCGCGACACGAUAAUCCCUUUAAUACCGGUUCGCAUUACUAUCAGAUUUCCAAGAGCUAUUUGGUUUAGAUUUCAUUCUUAAGCAGGUAUUAGAAGAAGCGAAUAUUUGCUAUUUUUGGUACGAUUUUUAUUUGCACAAAAUAAAAUCCGUACCAAAAAAGGCAAAUAUUUGCUUCGUGUAAUACCUGCUUUAGUGUUAAGAUUAUGUUUAAGCUUGAGGGACAGUUCGUUGAGGAUUAUGAAUACUGUGCUUAAGGUAAGUGAUUCGUA